CUGCAGACCAGAGGCUGCAGUCCACUUGGUUCGGCCCUACCCAGCUAGGCCUUGCACACCCCCUUCGCGUCAAGUCCCUCCUCACCCAUGCAAGACUGUCUCCUCAAGUCUGCCUUGCCUGACGAGGCGUCGGUUUUCUUGCUUCUAUCUCACUCUUCUGUGCCUCAUGCGGCGGAUGCUGUACUCCAAUUGUCAUAUGGCAAUCUAGUCGUCAUUACUUUCAGCCGCUUUUUGUCGUGCGCCACUAUUGCGAUCGCACAGCAGCGUUGCUACCGGGUCACUUUGACUCUCUAAUUUUUUUUAUAUAAUUCUUCUCACUGUCACAGCUCAGUCACACCUCACGCAUUGUUCAGUCACUUGUUGAUCGUCCUUGGCUUUGAUCAAGACGCUGUGAAAGAUA